AUGAGCCUCAGCUCCUCACGGGUCGCGCCGGAGCCCGAGCAGCUGCCCCGGCCAAGGGCAGGGUCCCAGCCCCGGGCGGCGCCAGAAGGCGAGUGGGAGCCCGAGGAGGGGCCCGAGGUUGCGCCGGCGGCCGAGCUGCUGCGGGGGUGGCCGCCCGCGGCGGGCUCUGAGGGGGACUGGGACCCCGAGGCGGGCCCCGAGAGGCAGCCGGGGGCGGGCCCUGAGAGGAAGUGGCCGCCGGAGGCGGGCUCUGAAGGGGAGUGGGACCAGCUUGAGGGCCCCGAGGGGGCGCCGGAGGCGAGGCCUGCGCCCGGGCCGCGCCCCGCGGGGUCGCCCCACCGGGCCUCGGGUCAGGGGUCCGGCAGCAGGCGCGGGUCGGAGUUGUCGCGGGCGGCGUCGUGGUGGCAGUCGUCGGUGUGGGCGUCGGAGUCGGAGUCGACAGCGCCGCCGUCCGAGGCCGGCGCCGAGUCCCGCUGCCGCACCGACUGCCUGGAGGCGCCGCUCACCCGCGCCUUCCGACGGCUGGGGUGGCAGGUGGGCUCGCACCCCUGGAUCUUCCUGCUGGCGCCCAUAGUGCUCACGGCGGUGCUCGGCACCGGCCUGGUGAACCUGCCCACGGACGAAGAAGAGGACCUCGAGGAGAACUACACGCCGAUAGGGAGCCCGGCUAAGGCUGAGCGGCGCUUCGUGCAGGGACACUUCACCACCAACGACUCCUUUCGCUUCUCCGCCUCCAGGAAGAGCACCGAGGUCAAUUUCGCUUCAAUCCUGGUGGUCUCCCACACCAACUCGCUGCUGGAACGGGACAUCUUUUCUGAAGUUAGUAAACUGGACCACGCUGUGCAGACUCUGUUUGUGACGACGGAAGAUGGUACCGAGGUGCACUACAAGGAGGUGUGCGCCAAGUCCUGGGACGUGUGCGUGCCCUCCAACCCGCUGCUGGCCGCCUGGCAGCGCGACGAAAACUUCGACUUGAGAACCAUCACCUUCCCCAUCUAUAACCUCUCCCGCCAGUCCAUCUACCUGACCGGCCUGGUCGGGGGCACCGUCCUCCGCGAGAGGAACGGAAACGGCAAGCUUCUCCUGGAGGCCAAAGCCAUGCGGCUGCAGUACUUCCUCAAGACUGAGCUGCAGGAGGACAACGAGAGCAGCAAGACGUGGCUGAUCCAUUUCCUGAAGCAAUUUAGCGACAUGGAGAAGGCGCUGGCCUUGAAGAAGAUCGAGGUGGCCCACUUUACAUCACUUUCCAGACAACUGGAAUUUGAGGCAACUUCUAUGACAGUGAUCCCUUUGUUUCACUUGGCAUACCUUCUAAUCAUAUUAUUUGCAAUCAUUUCAUGCUACAGGCUUGACUGUAUACGAAACAAAAUGUGUGUUGCAGCCUUUGGAGUGGUUUCUACGGCUUUGGCAGUGGUGAGCGGCUUUGGCCUAAUGUUAUACUUUGGAGUGCCAUUUGUGAUCAUAGUUGCAAAUUCACCAUUUCUUAUUUUAGGCGUUGGGGUCGAUGACAUGUUUAUCAUGAUUUCUGCCUGGCAGAAGACCAGCCUCAUGGACAGCAUAAGACAGCGGCUGUCCAGCGUCUAUUCGCAGGUGGCCGUGUCCAUCACCAUCACCUCCCUCACCAACAUCCUGGCCUUCUAUACAGGAAUUAUGACCUCUUUCAGGUCCGUACAAUACUUUUGCAUCUAUACAGGAACAACCCUGUUCUUUUGUUAUUUUUAUAACAUCACCUGUUUUGGAGCAUUCUUGGCCCUGGAUGGCAAAAGAGAAGUAAUCUGUCUACGCUGGCUGAAAAAGCCGGAGACUCCUGACCAAAAAUGUUCCUCACUGAAAAAGUCAUGCUGUCUCCCACUCAACGCUCUCCCCAAUGAACUGGGAACUGGUAUCCAUCCAAUGAAUUUGUUCUUUAGAGACUAUUUUGGCCCUUUUCUCACAAGCACUGAGUCUAAGUUUUUUGUAGUGCUGAUAUACAUUUUGUAUAUCAUAAGCAGUAUAUAUGGGUGUUUCCAAGUGCAGGAAGGUUUAGACCUUCGAAAUCUAGCAAGUGAUGAUUCCUACAUCAUACCAUAUUUUAAUAUAGAUGAGAAGUAUUUUUCAAAUUAUGGUCCCAAGGUUAUGGUUGUUGUUACUGAAAAUAUUGAAUACUGGGAUAAAGAUGUUAGGCAAAAAUUGGAACAAUGUAUGAGUGAUUUUGAAUACAGUGACUAUGUAGAUAAUAAUCUUACAGAGUUUUGGUUACGAACAUAUGUGCAAUAUAUGGAAGAAAGAAAACAAGAUCUCAAUGAUAAGAAUACUUUUGUUAGCGGUAUUCCCAGUUUUUUAAACGAAUUUCCAAAUUUUAUUUAUGAUAUUAAUAUUUCCUCAUCAAAUGACAUAGUUUCUUCCCGGGCCUUCAUUCAGACCCUAGGUGUUGCUUCUGCAACCAAUAAGAAGAUAAUGCUACACCAGUUACGAAGCAUCGCUGAAGACUGUGAAAUUCCCCUAAUGGUGUAUAACCGGGCAUUCAUAUAUUUUGAUCAGUAUGCUGCAAUAUUGGAAAACACUGUUCGAAAUGUCAUUGUUGCAUCACUAGCUAUGUUCGUUGUUUCCUUAUUGUUAAUUCCUCAUCCACUGUGUUCCUUGUGGGUAACUUUUGCUAUUGCUUCUGUGAUUGUGGGAGUGACGGGUUUCAUGGCAUUCUGGAAUGUUGAUCUGGAUUCCAUAUCCAUGAUCAAUCUUGUCAUUUGUAUAGGGUUUUCUUUCGAUUUUUCUGCACACAUUUCCUAUGCAUUUAUUUCUAGUUCUCAGCCUUCAGUAAACCAAAAAUCAGUUGAGGCGUUGUAUCUGUUAGGCUAUCCAGUGUUACAGAGUGCAAUUUCAACAGUAAUAGGGGUGUGUGUUUUAUCUGUAGCUAAAGCUUACAUCUUCAGGACAUUUUUUAAGAUUAUGUUUCUGGUUAUGGUAUUUGGGGCUGCUCAUGGCCUAAUUUUUAUUCCAGUAUUCCUAACCUUUUUCGGAAAGUUUGUUUGA